GAACAAACUUCAGUGAAGUCUUCGACUCCAUCGUCAAAAACCUUGACAGAGUUGAUAACGAUCUGGCCAUUAUUUUCUUUACUGAUGGUCAAGAUAGUCCUGGCGAACAAGCAAAAAGGAAUUUAAAAGAUUCCUUGUCAAAGUUUCCAUACACAACUGAG